AUUCGUAGUCCGUAUCCCGACGCCGGCGGGCAAACUGCUUGUGAUUAUGACGAGCAAGCGUAAGCGCGAACGCGAGAAUGAAGCUGAGCGGCACGUUAAACGUCAGCGGCGUCGCAAGCGUUCCCGCAGCGAACCAUUGAUGAACGACCCCGAUAAUGCUGAAAAGCGUCAAGCACUUAAGCGUUUAUUUGGACGUAUUUGUUCGGUUGAAAUGGAUAACGAGCAUCACACUUCGGAUGAUAUGUUUGACAACAUGAACGAGUACGAGAGCCAGGACGCUUACGGAGACGAGAAUGAUGAUCCACUGCUGGAUUCGGUGCCCGUGGACAUGGACCCCGAGCAGCUCGGCUUCCUGGUAUGCGCUCAGGAAACGCUCCGUUUCCUCCACGGCCGUGGAAUUCCAAUCGAGCACCCGGUGUUCUCGAGGCUGCGCUCGCGUCUUCUCCGCGGGAUUGGCGAGAUGGCGAUGGCCUGAGUAUUGCUUGGCCCAGAGCCCACAAGAAACUAAACCUCCUUCUAGCUUCACUAUCGAACAUUUUCAUUACAGUGUUUAUUUAUCCAGUUUCAUAUGUACAUCGGUGUGAUCUUCCUAUACAAAGAACUAUUCUAUUUCCUAUAAGGGCUCUGGUUAGUGCUUAAGGUGUUUAAGUGAAAAGUUGAUUGUUGUCAAAGCAACAGGUGGCCCGCGAGGGUAUUCUAGUCAUUAAUACUAGUCAAUAAUGAAAUAUAUUUGUUAAACAAAAAAAAAAACUAUUGAUAUAAUGAAUGUAAUAAAUUCGUCCAUAAAAA